AAUUUCCACCGCGCGCGAGUCAUUAAGAGAGCGGGUGGCAGCCAACAGACGGUCAGAGUGUCGCAGUGCGUGAGUGUGUGAGCAUCGAGGACCAUGCUGCCCCUGUCCCAGCAGAUCGCCUGAGCUGAAGGAUCACUAACUACACACUUUGCACAGGACUGUCGAGGAGGUGAAGGACAGAGUGGCCCACCGGUCAGCCCCCCCACCACCGACCAUCCCCAUGAAGGUGCCAAGCGGCAGCGUCGUGUCAAAGACUGUAAUCUUGGGAGACAUGGACUCACUGAUGGAAGGCAACAUGCAACCCAUUCCCCAGUCAGAGAAGCUCAGCAAUGCAGAUGAGAGGGUGGCCCCGCCCACUGAAAACGGGAACAACAGCAACCGAUGGAGCUUCCUGAGAAAAUCCAGGAAGAUUCUGCUGCAUUCCAACAGUUCCAAGACGACCCUAUUCGGACAAUUGCUGUCAAACGUGUGCGACGAAAAUGAGAACCUUCCCAAACCAAUCACAGAAAUGCUGACCCUGCUGCUUAAGAGGGGCUCAACUACAGAAGGUGUCUUCAGGAAGGCGGGGAACAGCAAGUGCCUGAAGGAGCUGAAGGCACAGCUGAAUGAGGGGCUGGACGUCGACAUGGAGACCCAGCCGGUCAUCCUCCUCGCCGCACUCUUCAAGGACUUCCUGAGGGAGCUUCCUGGAAGCUUGCUGGUGGCAGAGCUGUACAAGGACUGGAUGAUGGCCAUGGAGAACAAGGAUGAGGAGCUGAGGUGCAUUGAGGUCAAGAGGGUAACUGACAAGCUGCCAAGACCCAACGCCGUCCUCCUACAGCAUCUGCUCUGUGUGCUCCACCACAUCAGCAAAAACGCCAAUGCAAGCAAAAUGGACGCCCGCAACCUGGCCGUCUGCAUCGCCCCAAACCUGCUCCGGUGUGAUAACCUGGCCGACGUGGGAGAGGUCACAGCCCUUACACAGUUCCUGAUCGAAAACUGCUGUGAAAUAUUUGGAGAACAUGUCCAGAAGCUUCUAGGAGAUCCAGACGAGGAAGAACAGGCAGAUAAUUCAGACCUGCUGUCCUCACAUCAGCAUGACUCCGCCUACGACAGCACUGACCCAGAUGCAGAUGGAGAUGUACAGGGAGCAAAGAGGAAAGAGCAGGCAAGGGAGAUCGAAGACGAUCACCAAUGCAGCCCUCCAAAGUGCAAGGACGACAAACCAUCAAUCCUCAUCUGCUCCUCCAAUGACACCAAGUUUGUCUCCAGGAGAUGCUCAGAACCUUCUCUGUUCCCAUUGGUGGAGAUUAACAACUUGAAAGCCAGGAGCCAUGAUGACUUCUCCAUGGAGAAGGAGGACUUUGCUUUGGAGAACAAUACCCUGAAAAAGCAGAACUCUGACUCUGUCCUGCAGCCUGGCCAAAGCCAGAGACUUCUGGGUCUCCAGAACCUCAGUGGCAUGCUGACUAUACCAAAGGCCACUUCGAGAUCGAAGGAUUGUUCCUAUUCAUCCAAUUGCUCUUUGGAGAGCUCCUUCUCCAACCUGUCAGAGAACUCUGUCUUCACCAGCUCUCCGCUGUCCUCACCUCCCAACUCCCGGAAGUCUAGCUAUGCACGAGAAGAGCUCCAAAAUCAGGAGAAGGAGGUGAAGAGGCGUACGUCCUCCAUCAGGAAUGAGAAGAAGAAACCGACGAGGACCAUGAGCUGGGCUGCCCUUGCCUACAACAGGGGAAGCUUGAAAAAAGGCGAUAGCCAGAAAGAGAUGGCGUUCUCUUGUGAGAUCCUUCAGGAAGACUCACAGAAUGAGACGGAAUCUACCACACCCCCUCCCAGGCCACGCCCUUUGUCAGCCAUUGAGGUUUUCCAGCGAGUGGACAGCAAGAUCCCCGCAAAACCCCCCUCAUAUGAGCAAACCAUCCUUGGACUCCCACUGGGUCGCCGUAUGACGGUGCAGGACGCCUGGAUGAUGGAGCGGAAGUCACGCCCCGCUUCCAUGACAGAGGACCUGCUGGGCUUCUGCUCCAGCAAUAGCUACACGGACUGCUGCCUUCAGACGGGGGCUGCGGAUGUGAGAGACGACACUGGUCUGGCGGAGCAGGCUGUCGUGUAUCGCCAGAGGGCAAUGUCCGAGUCUGUAUCCAAGAGGCAGCCAGAGAGAGUGGUUCACAGGUGCAGCCAGCCCCUGUUUGAGGAGAUGACCUACGCUAAGGAGUCUUACGUCUGACGCCUAGCAGCAGCAGCAUGCUGGCUUACAGCACUCUCUUUCGUAGCAUAGGUUAUAGCCUAACAGCAAGAACAAUGACUUCUUUCGGCACCUUAAAGCUCUGUAAAUAUACUUGGUUUAAAUUUAGCAUAUAAAUGUACUUUUUUGGUUUCAGUAAUAUAAUGUGCAUUUGUAAAUACAGAAGAACCUUUGUAUAUAUUUUGAUCUUUCACCUUAACUACAACCACUUCAUUUCCACUACAUUAAAACAGUAUUACAUUAA